AUGCCUGGAUUGAAUCCUAGAGUAGCGGUCCAUCAAUUGGCAGUCAAAAAUGGUUCUCGUAUAGUUAAACAAGCUCAAAGACGUUUUAGACCAGACUUGAUUCCAUUGAUAGAAAAUGAAGUUAACAAACUCAUUGAGGCAGGCUUUAUUCGUGAGGUCAAAUAUCCUACAUGGAUUUCAAGUAUUGUUCCUAUGAAGAAGAAGAAUGGUAAAAUUCGAGUUUGCGUUGACUUUAGACAUCUCAAUAAUGCAUGCCCUAAAGAUGAGUUUUCUCUUCCCAUUCCAGAGUUGAUGAUUGAUGCCACCACUGGUUAUGAGGCAAUGUCGUUCAUGGAUGGUUCUUCUGGAUAUAAUCAAAUCCGCAUGUCACCAAAAUAUGAAGAACUCUCUGCAUUUCGCACGCCAAAAGUUGAUGAUUUGGUAGUGAAGUCGAGGAAAAGGGGUAAUAAUUUGAAAGACUUAAGGAUGGUGUUUGAGUUACUCCGAAGAUAUCAAUUAAGGAUGAAUCCAUUGAAAUGUGCCUUCGAAGUUACUUCCGGCAAGUUCCUUGGCUUUAUUGUGAGACAUCGAGGGAUUGAAAUUGAUCAAGCCAAAGUCGAUGAAAUAUCAAAGAUGCCUGAACCUCGAGAUAUCCAUGAGUUAAAAAGUCUCCAAGUAAAGUUAGCCUACUUGAGAAGGUUCAUCUCAAAUCUAGCGGGGAGAGGUCAACCAUUCAAUCAUCUCAUGAUUAAAGGUGCUCCUUUUAAUUGGGACCAAACAUGUAGCGAAGCCUUUAAAAGUAUCAAAUCGUAUCUAGCAAAACCUCCGGUUUUGGGAGCCCCUAUACCUAAAAAACCAUUGAUACUCUACAUUGCAGCACAAGAAAGGCCUGUAGGAGUCCUUUUAGCUCAAGAGAAUAGUGAAGGCAAAGAAAAUGCACUUUAUUACUUAAGUAGAACAAUGACGCCAAAUGAGCUAAAUUAUUCGCCAAUUGAAAAAUUAUGCUUGGCACUGAUCUUCUCAAUUCAAAAGAUGAAGCAUUAUUUUCAAGCUCAUGUUGACCGCCUUAUUUCUAGAGCAAAUCCCAUCAAGUUUGUUAUGUCAAAAACUGUCCUUAGUGACCGACUAGCAAGAUGGUACCUCCAAUUCCAACAAUUUGAGAUUGUGUACAUCCCUCAAAAAUCUGUGAAGGGACAAGCACUAGCGGAUUUCUUAACAGACCAUCCUAUACCAAAUGAUUGGAAGUUAAUUGAUGAGUUUCCUGAUGAAGAUGUGAUGUUAAUUGAAGUUCAACCUCCUUGGAAAAUGUACUUUGACAGGGCUGCACAUCGCGGUGGAGCUGGUGCUUGUGUGGUGUUCAUCACUUCACAAGAAGAGAUUCUACCAUUCUGUUUUACUCUAAAACAAUGUUGCUCCAAUAAUGUCGCUGAAUAUCAAGCACUGAUACUUGAACUUGAAAUGGCUGUUGACAGAAACAAUUACAUUUACAGGUCUUUGUUGAUAAGAUGGCUUGGGGAUGUAACCCUUCAACAUGUGCGUCGAACAGAUAAUAAGAAAGUUGAUGCAUUGGCUACUCUAGCUUCAACGCUAACCCUUCCUGAUCAAACGCAAGUAACUGUCUGUCAAAAAUGGAUAGUACCACAGUCAAAUGAGGAAGAAUAUAUUGAAAAUAAGCUUGAUCAUAUCGUCGCCAUUGUUGAAGCUGCGAUGGAAGAUUGGAGACAACCCAUCAUUGACUACCUAUGUUAUGGGAUACUUCCAGAAAAUCCAAGAAGAAGAACUAACAUACGUCGUCGUGCACCUCGUUUCCUUUACUACAAGGAUACACUAUAUAGAAGAUCAUUUGAGGGACCAUUACCAAAGUCUUCUGGUGGACACUUGUACAUCUUGGCUGCAACUGAUUACUUUUCAAAAUGGGCUGAAGUUGUCGCUCUAAAAGAGGUGAAGAAAGAGAAUGUUGCAAAUUUUAUCCGAGUAAAUAUUAUCUAUCGCUUUGAAGCGAAAUCUUCUAUGUACCAUGCUGCCGCUAAUGGUCUUGCUGAAGCAUUCAAUAAAACUCUAUGCAACCUGCUCAAGAAAGUUGUCUCCAAAUCCAAACGGGAUUGGCAUGAAAGAAUGGAAGAAGCUUUGUGGGCAUAUAGGACAAUAUAUCGCACACCAACUCAAGCAACACCAUAUUCACUUGCUUUUGGAGUUGAAGCAGUCCUGCCCCUCGAGCGUCAAAUACCCUCAUUAAGACUUGCUAUUCAAGAAGGGCUCACUGAGGAAGAAAAUGCUCGAUUACAUCUUGCUGAGUUAGAAGCACUUGAUGAAAAGAGGUUAGAAGCCCAACAAAACCUUGAAUGUUAUCAAGCUCGUCUAUCUCGUGCUUUUAAUAAGAAGGUUCGCUUGAGGUUCUUUCAAGUUGGAGAUCAAGUUCUCGCGGUAAGAAGACCCAUAAUUACUUCGCACAAGUCUGGGGGCAAAUUUACUUCAAAGUGGGAUGGACCAUAUGUCAUACAAGAAGCAUAUUCAAAUGGUGCUUACAAGCUUGUUGAUGCUGAUGGCUUAAGUAUCGGUCCUAUUAAUGCCAAAUUUCUAAAGAGAUACUAUCCUUGA